AUGAGAAAUCUUCAACACAUUCAAUUGAAAGAGAUUGAUGAUGAUGAUGAAGAUUUCGAGCGUGAUGGAGACGACAUUAAACCAAGAAAAAAGACAUACAAGUUGAAUGAAGAUGUCGACGAUGAAGACCGUUAUGUCCGUGGUGGUGGCUCUGGUAAAAUGCAUAUUGGCAAGCUAUCAUCGCUAUGGCACACAAUGACUGCCACUAAUUUUAGAAAAUCUGUCCUUCUUUUGUUUUCUAUCCUUUGUAUUUUGGCUGUUACCAUUACCUUGUCAUUUACUACAAGACAUUCUGAUUUAAAGAUUCCAAGUAUUGCACUUUAUUCCGAUAUUAGAUUGCCAACAUGGAUUAAACCAAUUCAUUAUUUGGUUUAUAUGAAGGCUGAUAUUCAAAAUUUAAUUUCAUCUGGAACGGUUGUAGCAACUUUAAAUAUAAGUCAAAGUCAUAAUUUUAUAGUUGUUCAUGGAGAAGAUUUAAAUUUAACAAGUGCUCAUAUCAAUGCUAUUGACUCUGUAGAUACAUCUUAUCCAACAUCUUAUAAUUAUCCAUCUUCAUCAUUACAAUCUACAUCGAUUACCUAUGAUGCAAAUAAUACCUAUUAUAUUAUUGAAUUUAGUGAUGAAUUAUCAAAAAAUAUCAAGGGAGGAAAUCAAUUUUUUAAUUUAUAUUUAUCAUUUAAUUCAACACUAAGUGAUAACAAAUUAUCUGGGCUUUAUUUAUCAAAGUAUACUGAUCCAGAUGGAAAAGAAAGAUUAGUAGCCAAUACACAAUUUGAGCCAAGUGAUGCUCGUGAAGCUUUCCCAUGUUUUGACGAACCAAUCAUGAAAGCAAAUUGGACUAUUUGGUUGGAUGGUGAUUCGGGAUAUCAAACUCUAUCCAAUAUGCCCAUGAAAUCUGCAGAACCAGUUUCCGGUAGUGACAGAAAUCUAUUCAAAUUUGAUACAUCACCUCCAAUGUCUACCUAUUUGGUUGCUAUGAUUUUCCAUCAAUUUGAAAAGGUUGAAAACACUGUACUAGUCAAUGGAAGAAAUGUUACCGUUCGUGUUUGGGCUCAAAGUGCAUUGAUGGAUUCAACAGCCUAUCCAUUACAAAUUGCAUCAGACUCGUUAACUUAUUAUACCAAAUAUUUUAAUAUUGAUUAUCCAAUUUCAAAAAUGGAUUUAGUUGGUAUUCCAGAUUUUGCUGCAGGAGCAAUGGAAUUAUGGGGAUGUAUUACAUUUAGAGAAGUUGAUUUAUUCUAUAAUCCAAAAACUUCAACUAUGGAUAAUAAGCAAAGAGUCUCUGAAGUUAUUGCACAUGAAAUUGCUCAUCAAUGGUUUGGUGAUUUAGUUACAAUGGCAUGGUGGAAUGAUCUUUGGUUAAAUGAAGGGUUUGCAACUUUUAUGUCUUAUAAAUGUUUGGCCGCAAUUUGUCCAGAAUUUGAUAGUAAAAAUGAUUAUUUAACAUUAAUUAAACAAGAAGGUUUGGAAAUGGAUUCAAAAUUAUCAACACAUGCCAUUUCAAACAAUUUUACAAAGGUUAUAGAUAUUGAAGCAUCAUUUGACUCUGUCACCUAUAACAAGGGAUCGAGUGUUUUAUUCAUGUUGGAAUCAAUUCUUCAAGAUGGUGACACUGAUUACUUCCAAAAGGGUAUUCAACAAUACUUGACCAAGUUUAGUUACUCGAAUGCACAAACAUUUGAUCUAUGGGCUUCUCUUUAUCAUGCCUUGCCAGAUGAUAUACAAAAAACCAUCAAUGUCUCAAAGAUUAUGGAAAAAUGGGUAAAGACACCAGGUUAUCCAUACCUAAAGGUUGGAAAUGCCUCUCCAACUCAAUUGCAAGUGUCUCAACAUAGAUUCCUUGAUGAUCUCACUUCCAAUGUCUCUACCACUCAACUUUGGGAUAUCCCAAUUUCAAUUCAAGAUGGUUGUUCAAUCUCAAAUUCAUUUAAAAUCUUUUCAUCUAAAAAUGAAAUUAUAGAUUAUAAUCCAAAUUGUAAUUUUACUAUAUUUAAUUAUAAUGGUACUAUUUUCAAUCGUAUUCUUUAUGAUGAACCAUUAUUUAAAAAUAUUACCAAUCAAUUAAAUUCUCAAGACAAUGAAAUCAAUCAACAAGCCAUGAUCACAUUCUUUGAUGAUUCAUUUAGUUUUAUUAAAAAUGGUUUAUUAAAUACAAGCAAAACAUUGGAGAUUGCAAGAAUUCUUAGUGAUAGAAAUAUUACAAAUCCAACCAUGUGGAAAACUGUAAUGGGUGGAUUGGACUUUAUUAAUCAUAGAAUGCGUCUUCAAGAAUGUUAUCCAUUUUUUGUUAAAUUUGGAGGUGACUUGUUAAACAAUGCUCUCGCAGUUGUUGAUGUAUACAAUAUUCCAGCGAAUGAAACUUAUAUGCAAACCAUUACAAGAAAAACUUUAAUUCGUUAUGGAAAUUCCUACAGCAAGGAUGAUGUUAUUGAAUAUCUAAGAAAUUAUUGGUUAGAGAAUAAAUCCCAACCAGAAAAUAUUGAUCCAAAUAUUAGAGCUACUCUUUAUGCAUCAAUUAUAUCUCAUGGUGGUAAUAAUAUAUUGGAUCAAGAGUAUAAAUGGGUACUUUCAAGAUACUUGGAUCCAAAUACUAAAAUGAAUGAAAGAAUUGAUGCUAUGGGUGCUUUGGCAUCUGCCAGACAACCUUAUUUAAUUCAAAAAACUUUAAAUUUAUUAUAUAAUAAACAAUUUAGAACACAAGAUAUUGGUAGUAUAUUUAGACAAUUAUCAAUUAAUCAAUAUGCCUACCUUACAACAUGGGAAUGGAUGAAGAAUAAUUAUGAUUUCCUCUUGAAUGAUUUAAAGGUUCAACCAUCAACCUUGGCUAGUUAUUACAAGUUCUUCUCAGAGUUUUUCGAUCAAGUUUCAGACUAUGAAGAUUUUGAAAAGUUCAUGUCUGACAAGAAAGAUGUUUUCCCAGUUAGAACUAUUCAACUUGCUCUUGAUCAAAUUCAAAAUAAUAUUGAUUGGAUUGAAUCAAAUUCUCAAGAUAUUUGUUAUUGGCUUUAUCAAAAUGUUCAAGUUCAACAAGAUGGUAUUGUAAUAUCUGGAAAGAUUGGUAUUUAA